AUGAGACUGUGGCUGUGCUGGCUGGGCUGCUACACCCUGCUCCUGUGGGUGCUGAGGAGGACGAUGUGGGCUGGCCCGGCCCGGUACCUGCGGAGCCCUUUAUCCAGGUCCCUCUACGUGAAUAUGAUGGGCAGCCACAGCCAGCCAGCCCCGGGCGCCAGGGAGAACCACCAGUGGUAUGCCUGCAACACUGAUCAAUUGUCUGAAUCCCUUCAGCCCAUUUUUGUCCAGAGUUACCUUGACCAAGGAACACAGAUCUUCUUAAACAACAGCAUUGAGAAGUCAGGCUGGCUGUUUAUCCAGCUCUAUCACUCUUUUGUGUCCUCUAUUUUUAGCCUUUUUAUGUCUAGAACAUCUAUCAACGGGCUGCUGGGAAGGGGCUCAAUGUUUGUGUUUUCUCCAGAACAAUUUCAAAGACUGCUUAAAAUAAAUCCUGAAUGGAAAUCCCACAGACUUCUCGAUUUAGGGGCUGGAGAUGGAGAAGUCACUAAAGUUAUGAGUCCUCACUUUGAAGAAAUCUAUGCCACUGAAUUGUCUGAAACUAUGAUAUGGCAGCUUCAGAAGAAGAAAUACAGGGUGCUUGGUGUAAAUGAAUGGCAAAACACAGGGUUUCAGUAUGAUGUUAUCAGCUGUUUGAAUUUGCUGGAUCGCUGUGAUCAACCACUGACUGUAUUAAAAGAUAUUAGAAGUGUACUGGAGCCAACCAGAGGCAGAGUCAUCCUAGCACUUGUUCUGCCAUUUCACCCCUAUGUGGAAAAUGUAGGUGGCAAGUGGGAAAAGCCCUCAGAAGUUUUGGAAAUCAAAGGGCACACUUGGGAAGAACAGGUGAACAGCCUGCCAGAAGUUUUCAGUAAAGCUGGUUUUGCCAUCGAGGCUUUCACCAGACUGCCCUACCUCUGUGAAGGUGACAUGUACAAUGACUACUACGUGCUGGAUGAUGCUGUCUUCGUCCUCAAGCCAGUGUAAGCCUGUGUGAAGUAAAGCUCCACAAUCUAACCCAAGAAGCAGCCUCUGAAAGAGGGUUUUGAUUUAUGGUUACUUAAAGGGAGGGAAUUUUGGGAUUGCUAUGCUAAGUAAAUAUCAUGUAUGAAAUUUA